AUACCGCAUAUAUUGCGGAAAUUUAAUGAAUUUAUCUUAGAAAUUGCGUCUAAAUGGUUGAUAAGAUGAUUUGUUUCAACCAAUAUUUUGAUGGGUCAACAAUUUUGAACUUUAAAUAUCCCACAAUUUUUUUUCUACCUGGAUUUGAAAGUCAAUUCACGUAGUCAAAUCAAAUACUUUGAACAAAAAACAAACACCCAUGUUGAACACCGUUUUACGGCAAAAUCACCAAAUUUUUAAAUAAGAAAAAAUUGUCAUUGUCAUUUUGGCAAUUUGUACAAAUUUAUUUAUUCAGAUAAAAAAUACUGUAGUGUUUAUUAAAAUCAAUUGAAUUAGUGGUUCUAUUCUUAUUAAAUCAUUUCAAGGCGUAUGUCACAGUCUUUCGUCAUCACAGUAAGUUCAUGUCAUCGAGCUGCAUAGAAAAAAAAAUAUUAGUUGCAGAUUUUCAAGCGUAAAAAUAUCUCAAUUUAGAUAAUAUUUAGGACAAAACAGACGGCACAUCACAACAUGACUUGACACAAAAAAUACCGCAUGUGUUACAAAUGUGGUUGUGCGAGAUGGUAUUCAUUAGCGAUUGUUGCAUUUGGUGCGUCUGGUGGUCGUUACCCAAUUUUUGAUCUGUUCCUCCAAAUUUGGCAUCAUUUCAUCUAAACGAGUUUCAAUUUCGACGAAGCGAUUAUUAAUUUCGACGAAGCGAUUAUUAAUUUCGUCGAAGCGAUUAUUCAUUUCGAUCAUCAUUUCAACGAGGCCCAAAAGUUGGGUAUCGAUUCGGUCCAACCUUCUUUCGUGAUCCAAAAUCACUUUAAGCACAGUGACUGAAACAAAUGAAAAAAAUAAUGAAAAAAAUAUAAAUAAAAUCCAAAGGAUUUGUAUUCUUACGAAACAAGCAAAUAAAAAGCGAUAAAAUGCAAGCAACGACCAGCAAAGCCUCCUUAUUAAGAUGAACAAUAAUUUCUUGAUCCAUUUGUAUAUAUAAUAUGAUCGGAGUUUGUUUUAACAAUGGCGGUUUGUUGCUGAACCAAAAACGAAUACGACAAUAGCAACAACAAUAUUGAAAAUGAAUACCAUCUUGGACAUUGCGGAUAUAAUAAACGGAGAGGAUUUACAAUGCCUGAAGGAACCGUUGCGCUACGAAUAUGCCAGGAAGGUCACGCAAAUGCUCUUGCACUCAACAAAGACAGUACACAAAUUGCAGUUGCAGGACGUUCUUUGUUAAAGGUGUUAUCAAUUGAUUCGGAUGGCUUUACCGAAGUAUGUAAUAUGCGCAGUGGUAAAAAUCAGAAUCUCAGUUAUUCAUCGAAUGAUGUUGCCUGGAGCAUGUUGGAUCGGAAUUUAUUGGCAACGGCUGCAACGAAUGGCGUUGUCUCGGUAUGGGAUCUCUCGAAAUUUGGUCGUCAGAAGCAAUUAUACGUGUAUGCUGAACAUGAGCGUACAGCACAUUCGGUUACAUUUCAUACGACUGAUCCGAAUUUGCUGCUGUCAGGUUCGCAGGAUGGAACAAUCAAAUGUUUUGAUAUGCGAACGGAAAAGUCCGUCAAUACGUACUACAGCAAUUCGGAAAGCGUUCGUGAUGUGAAAUUCAGUCCAGUUGUGCCGAAUUUAUUCGCUUCCGUUUCGGAAAAUGGAACCGUGCAAUUGUGGGAUUUGAAACGAACCGAUCGAUGUCAACAGCAAUUUACAGCGCACAGUGGACCAAUUUACACGUGUGACUGGCAUCCGACGCAACAUUGGCUGGCCACUGGCAGCAGAGACAAACAGAUCAAAGUGUGGAACAUGGAGCAAAGAUCAUCACUAGAAUAUACUAUUCAUACGAUUGCAGUGGUGGGCCGAGUGAAAUGGCGUCCAGAGCGUACAUAUCAAAUAGCAUCGUGUGCCAUGGUUGUCGAUUACAGCAUUUAUGUUUGGGAUGUGAGACGACCAUUCAUUCCAUACGCAUCAUUCAACGAACACUCAAACGUUACGACGGGAAUCGCAUGGAAAGCCGAUCCACAUGUAUUACUUUCAACCAGCAAAGACUCGACCAUUUUUAAGCAUGCAUUUAAAGAUGCUCAAAAGCCAAGCGAACAUGCGAAUCCACAGGGGACAACGUUUAACUUUAGAGGCGACUUCAUUUAUUCGUAUAAAAUAAAGAAUCAGCCAAUCAACAAUACCACUAGCACUAGCUUUCGGGCAGCUCUAAUGAGUGGCGGUCGAAAAGUGAACGAACCCGUUGAAGAUCAAUUUCAUGUAGCCCGAUCAUCGGUUAUGAAUUAUACAUCAAAGUCUAUGAAGGACGUAUUCCAAGCACAAACUCUACAGCAAAAGGACUAUUUUGUUCUGCAAGAAUGCGCACGAGGAUAUAUUUUAAGUGGAAAACCAUUGGCCACUUUAUGCGAUCAUAAUGCACAAGUGGCUAGAAAUCUCGGCAAACACAAUGUAUCAAUGCUGUGGCAAUUUGUAAAAAUAAUUUAUUCGUCGAUGCCAAAGCAAAAUUCAGACCCGUUUCGAAAUACAACUGCCAAUCAAAAUCUUUUGAUGGCCAAUCGUUUGAUGUUGGCAGCGCCAAAUUCGAAUGCACCGCACUGGGUCGAUGAGAAUUCCGAUGAAAAAGCCACCCAUCCCAACGAAUCCAAUACGGAUGAAGCGAAGCAAAACCAUUUCACCAUACCAAAAAUCGGUGAACUGAGCAAAUUAACAACGAAUCAGUGUAAUAUCGAAGACGGUGCCACCGAUGCACUGAACAAUAUUGUUUACGGCGAAAACGAACUAACUGUCGAACAUAUGGAUUGUAUUAAAAGUUUACGCAACGGGUUUUUAUACAUCGGCCCACAUGAUUUGACCAAAAAUUUCUCAUGGCCCAGCGACUCCAUAAUGAAUCAUGAUAUGCAGCAAAGCACUCGACAGCAGGCUCUAUCGAGAAAUCGACGUGAUGCGUCUCCGCCUUCGGAAACACCUAGCGUACUUAAAGUCUUACUCCAGAACACAAGCAACCCGCAAUGGAAUUCUGGAAAAGUGUUGGCUGACUGUCUAAAUCUUUUGGUGGACAUUGAUGAUUUACAAACAGCCGUUUACAUUUUGAUUGCUUUGGGCGAACGAAGAAACGAUUUACCAAUCGAUGAAUCUGUUCAUGAAUAUUGGCUGAUUUCCUACAUCGAUCUAUUACAACGGCAUCAAUUUUGGCGUGAGGCCACUGAGGUUGUUAAGUUGUCCUGGUUGCGACGCGUUUGCCAAGUGAAUCAGCAGUCAACAUCUGUUCAUAUUAAUUGCGGCGAUUGUGGUCGUUUGGUGUCGAAUUCAGUUAGCUGUUAUUGUAACAAGUGUAAAUCGCUGCAGAGUUCAAAGUGCAGCGUUUGCAACCGUGUUGUUAAAGGUGUCUAUGCAUGGUGUCAGGGGUGCUCGCACGGCGGUCAUUUGUUACAUAUGAAAGAAUGGUUUUCGAAUCAUUCCAAAUGUCCACGUUGUGGUCAUCUUUGCGAAUAUGAAUAACCAUAUGAAAGACUUGUCCAGCACAUUUUACUUAAAUGAACUGUUUUUUUCUUCUAAAUGAACACAAAUAGAGUUUUUAUUUCGAUAAAAUAGCCAUUGAUUUGACCUCGUCUAUUCAUAUCAUAAGGCUGAACAAAGCAUUCGUUUUUUUUUCAUGUUAAAAAACAACAACUUUUUUGUCUAUGAAGCACAAAUAUGUACAAAUGCAUCCAUUUGUAAUUUUAUAAUAUUGUGAUAUUAAAUUGUAGUUUAAAAUGGGAACUGAAAUACAUUGUUAUUUUUAUGAAUGAAAA